UCCCGAGGAGCGCAGCCAGGGGAUCCCACUGGGAACCUCUCUGCAGGGCCACACGUGGGGUGCCUGCAAGGCAAGUAGCAGCACUGGGGUGUUGCACUGGGGGAUUCAGCCCCUGUGUGGAGGUCUGGGGACUGCGGGUGACUUGCUGUGGGUGUGAGCGCCACAGUUCUGAGGUUUGGGGGUGGGUGGACACCUGCACUGGACCCCCCCAGAAGAGGCUGUAGCCCGCCUGCUGUCUGCGCCGUGCACCUUUGGGCUGGGCUGGGUGCUGGGUGGAAGGGCUGCGGGCUGGGAGGGGCGGCGGGCAGGCAGGCAGGCAGGCAGGCAGGCAAGGCACGACUUGCUGUCAGGCAUGCAAAGCAAUUGGUGGGGGAAACGCAGGGCUUUCCUGCUGGCACGGCCUGUUUGCUGCUUGCUGUGCCGGCACCCAGAGCUGGGAGGGGGCAGUGGGGUGUGAGCCCUGCUGCAGGAAGGGCGGCUCUGGGGACCCCACUGCUUUGCUGUGUGCCUGCAGCCCCCUUGCAUUGGGGAUGCUGCAGGGUGGGCGUGCAGCAAGCAGUGGGGAGGGGGUGAGAGCUGGGACCAGAGCCAUCCCUGCUGCUGGGAGCAGGGGCGGGAUCUGGGGAUCCUUCUGCUUCGGGUGCAUCUGUGCAGGGAGCAGCGGUGGCAGCAGGGCUGUGGUUACAGUGGGCUGAGUUUUUGGCAGCUCCCGUCUUCCUCUCUGAGACCACAACGAUGGGGGGCUGCGGUGAUGGGAAGGACUUCCUACUGCUCCCCAUCAUCCCAGCCUGAGUCACCCACGCUUGUUUGUCAGCAUCCUCUGGCUGCCUUCCUCCCCCUCUUCCUCCACUCUGUGGGUGGGGACGUGCACCCACCCUGCUCACGGGCUGGAGCAGGCAUCAUCACUUCUCCUUGUUCCAGCGUGCCCAGCACGGGCACUGUGGCACUGGGGACACGAGGGUGGGGGGAGCAGCCUGCCAGCAGGAAGGGAUGUCGCGGGGUGACCACAGGGCUCCGUGUCCCCAGUACCAUGCAGAUCUGAUGGGCUUCUGCAAGAGGACCUUGGCGCCUCGGCAGCUCUGUGGGCUGGCAGGGAGCAGCUGGAUGCCCUGGCCUUGUCUUGCUUAAGCACGACACUUGGUCCUUUGCAAUGGCUAAGGAACAUCUCCAGCCACCACUAUGCCAGGGUGCUGGGGCUGAGCAGCCAGCAGCAAUCACAGCCCCAGGAUGCAUCUGGGGCUGCACAGCUCUGCAGGUUGGGUGCUGAGCUCCCUGUAGAUCCAGGGAGGUCGGGAGGUUCCUCAUCCUGAAGUGCGUGUCUGCUUUCAUCGCUCAAUAAAUAACUCCCCUGGCAUGCCAGGGCUGUGCACCAGCGGGGAUCGGCUGGUUCUGGCACGCCAGGGCUCACCUGCAGCCGUCAUGUCGGAGCAUGGGAUGUGCUUGGAGCCAACGUGUCAGGGCACAGGGGAGCCCAGUGGGUCCCCUCCUAUGCAGGCAGGUGCUGGGAGCCCUGCUGGCCCGGAGCAGGAGGAGCUGAGCCCGGAUCACAGCUGAGAGCUCCCCUUGGGUGCUCACAUCAGCCCCUGAGCACUGCAAUCAGCCACCCCUGCUCCUGUUGCGUUGCCCAAGCGAGCAAAGCACAGGCAAGGGCUGGCACUUCCCAAGCCUCUGCCUCCCUCCUGUCCCCAAAUGGCUGCAGAGGUCCCAGCCACGGGUCUGCAAAGGGACCCCCUCCCAUUCCCAUCCCCUGCAGCAUCCCAGGACCCAGCCGGUGCCCAGCUGUAGGAUCCCGGCGAGGGGGGAACCUCACUGCCUCGCAUCUGCCCAGCUCGCCCCACACCUGGAUGGCCCCGUGCUGCCCCAUGGGAAGAGCCAAUGGGAGGAAAGGCCAGAGCACGGCUGCUAACAGUGAGCACAUUUCCUGCAGAGCUUCUCAAGGACGGAGCAGGAGGAAGGAGCAAAGCUCCACCUUUUCCCCCUUCGUAAAGGGAGAGGGCAGUGGUGCUCAGUGCACGGUGGCGGAGCGCAGUGCCCAUCCCUGUGCCCCACAGCCGGGAUCUCCCCCGGGUGCUCAUCUGUGUGGGUGCUCCAGCCCCGGCGUGGCGUGUCCCCAUCAGGGAACAGGAAACCCUCCAGCAGCAGGGGCAGAGCCGAGAACAGGCUCAGGGCUGUUUUGUUCAAAUACCUCUUUUUUUUUUCCCCCUUUUUCCUUUGACGUACAUAAAAGUCUUUGUUCGGUCUCCUCCCCCGGUGCUGGAUUGGGUUUCCCGCUGGCACUGGGAGCGUGCCAGCUCUAGCUCUUCUCCUUGGGGCUGGAAGGAGGGGGGGGGGGUGGGGGUGGGCAGGAGGGGCCACCUGCUCGUGUACCCCCUGGGACCGUCCUCCUCCUGCUGCCUGCAGCACCAGGAGCACGAGAGGCACGGGAGCCCUGCAGACCCCGCUUGGCCCCACGGAGCUGACACAUGGCUCCCAAGUGCCGCCGGACACCGCGUGGGUGACCGCGGGGUGGCACAGCAGUGACUCAGCCGAGGGUUGGUGGGCACAGCCUGGAGCCGCCGGAGCUCAGGGAGCAACAGGACAUCGCUCUCAACUGCAGGGUUGGGGUUUGGCUGUGCCGUGCACAGCUGGGGUUUGGGCUCGGUCAUCCUUCCCCAGCCCCGCGGAGGCCUCGAAUGCUGUUUGAUAUUCAGAUGCACAUUCCUUCCGUGCGCCGGAGCUGCACGCAGUCCCUGGGCAGCAGCAGGAGGCAGGCAGCCACCCACCCCGGCGGUUCCCAGGCCACAGGGCCGUGCUUUGCUUGCUGUUUUGCUCUCUCCCCCGUGGAUUUCGUGAGCUCCUCCCGCGCUGCGCUGCGCAGGUUUAUUUGCUUUGGGCUGAGAGCGCCGCUGGGAAAGCACCCAUUGGGUGCAGCACUGGGAGGGGGCGCAGCCCCGUGGGGACACCACCGUGGGGACAUAGGGCUGAAGGGAUGCAAUCCCGUGCCCUCACGCACCGGAAUCCGUUUGGGUGGCUGUUGGGUGACCUCUGGCUCUCAUCUGUUGGCAGAACCCAAACCAGCUCCCUGCCGAGCCCCGCUGGUUUCUGCCUGGUUUCCCUGCGCCGUCCCUCUCUCGCCCUUCGGAGCAGUGAGUCCAGGCUGAGGUCACUGCUGGGGGCACAAUAGCACUGCUGUCCCACUUCCACCACCUGGGCUGAUUCGUCUCUCUUUCAUUUUUGUCCUUUCUUCUUUUUCUUUCUUUCUCUCUUUUUUUCUUUUUCUUUUUUUUUUUCCUUUAAGAUAUGAUUUAACCCCAAACUCCCUGGAUGGUUUGGGGGCCGGUGAUGCCAUCCUCCCAGGGUUAUCGGACCGGGGCUGCUGGGUGCAGCCCAUUGAUAGAGCGAACAAAGAGCUGGGGUGGGCCCUGCCAGCCGCCUCCGCCCUCUGUUUGUUCCCCAGCAGCUCCGGAUAAACUUAAUCUAAAUCCUGAUAAUGCCAUGGGGCAGAGAGGGGGGGUUGGGGGGGGGGUCAGGCUGGCCGGGUGCCCCAGGGAUGUGGGCGCAGGGAUGGAGCGGGGCAGGGGGUGCUGGGCUGGGGCUGUGUCAGGCUGAUGAGCACCAGUUUGUGUUUGCUGGAUGGAGAUAGAGAUUGGAGUUCCCGAAGCUCUGACCUGCAGGCUGGAGAUUAGCCUGGAUCCUGGUGCUGGAUUAUUGCAGCAGGGCGGUGAGGUGCCCUUGUGCUGCUGGCCCAGCUCUCCAAAGCUCGUUUUAGCCACCAGCCCGUGCUGCCCCAUGCCCAGCUCCAUCAGGGCAGUGCGGUGACACAGCAGUGGGGCUCAAUGUCCACAGGCUGUCCCCAGCCCACCCCCAAGCUCAGCAGCAGCAGCAGUCGCUCGGGGCUCACAGGGUGCUGCUGAGUUAAGAUCCAACACACCGUGCACCCCUUCUGUGCUGUGCUGGGCACCCCAUCCCUGGUUGUGCCCCCCAUCCCCAUCGUGCUGUGCACCCUUACUGAGGAUGCCCACAUAGCACUGGGAUUUGGGGCAUGCACGCGUGUCAGGUGGGUUUGGACCAGGCAGUGAUGGAGGUCUGCUGGCACAGGGAUGGGGGACCUGGACAGGAGUGCCCGCUGUCCCCUGGAGGGCUCAGAGCAGUGACAUGCAGGCAGGGCAGCGUGGGGGUGCAGCGGGGACACAGUGAGGACAGCUGGGGGCUGCCAGGGUGCCCAGCAAGAGAGCCCUGCUGCUGGGCUGGCUUUGUUUGUAGGCAGGAAAGCAGCUUCCACCCAUUCUUCCCCUCCCAGAGGAGCACACUGGAUGGGUGGGGAUGCAUCCCCCUCCCCACUUGCUGAUCAUUGACCACCAUGGGGACAGUGCAGGGACACGCAGGCGGUGGCACAGUGCUGGGGCUUUCCUCAGCCUGCUGCUGACUCAGGCACUGCGGGCUCCGCCAGCCCAAGGCUGACUCAAUGGGCCUUUUUAUCCUUUAUUUUGUAAUUAUUAUUUCUUUUUUUACCCUGCACCGGGAGGAAAAUUCCUGCCCUUCAAUGAGGCUUUGCUUGGGUGCCCCCUGCUCCGCUUUCUUCCUUGUGCAAAGCAAAGCAAAGCGGGGCGGGGGGGGUGAGGGGGGUUGGGAUUUCCAGGGCAACCCCCGAUGUGGUUCAGUAGUGGGGUGGGGGGGGGGGAGGGGGAGGAUGUGAUCCCUGGAGGAUGCAUCUGGCACGGGGUGCAGGGCUAUGGGCUUACGAAACGGGAUGUGGGCUGAGGGAGAGGCUGGGGCAGCGUUCCUGCUCGGAUGUGUCAGCCCAUAUGUGUGGGGGCAAUGGCUGCGUCCCUCUGUCCGUUCCAUCUGGGACUUCUGGGGGGCCCCACGAAUCUUUGGGGCUCAGGCACAGCGCGCUGCUCCCUCCCUGCCCAUUGCUCUCAGGAGUGGGAGCUGAGCAAACCUGGAGGAAUCCCACUGCAGGCCCCACACCUGGCAGGGGGAGCACUGGCUGUGCCCAGCCGGCUGUGGGGCAAAGACCUGCCUGGUGGCCCCGUCCUCACCCUGUCCCUGCUGCCAUCCUGCUGUUGCUGCAGUCAGCUCUGACCUCCCCACUGCUGGCCCCGCUGACUCUGCAGCCACGGCUAUUUAUGGUGUCACUCUCAUUUUCACAUGAUUUCCAAGGGAAUGAGGCACACGGGCUCUGGCCACGCACUGGUGCCUCAAGCAUGGGGCUGGCACAGCACUCAGCCCUUCCCCUCCCAUCCCUUUUGCUCGGGGUGAGGAGGGAGAGGGCCUACAGUGCUGCGCAGGGCGCUGCGUGCUGCAGGUGUUGCUGCAUGGAAAGAGGCAAAACUCAAAGGGCAAACGUGAAGUGCUGGAAGGGAAGAGAAGACCGGGAAGGUGCUGGGGGAAUUCUCCCGCUGCUACAGGGAACAGUAUGGGGUAGCACUCUUCAACAGCAUCCGCUAUGAGAUUGAAGGCAAUGGGGGGCCGCAGGCACAGCUGCUGCACCGCAAGGUCCCUCUGGAGGACCACGUCAUCUACUCGGGCAACCUCUUCCAGUACAUCGAAGAGAACAAGAAGUGGAGGAACCGCUUCUGCGUGGUCCCACACAACUAUGGGCUGGUGCUGUAUGAGAACAAACUGGCUUACGAGAGAGAGCUGCCUCCCCGUGUGCUGAUCAACAGUGCAGGCUACAAGGUGCUCACCUCAGUGGAGCAGUACCUGGAGCUGGUGAGCAGCAGCCUGCCCGGCAUCACCCCCAAAUCGGGGAACACCCCCAUCCUGAAGUGCCCCACGGAUUUCCCCCUCAUCCUCUGGCACCCCUACGCCCGGCACUAUUACUUCUGCCUGAUGACGGGCAAAGAACAGGAGAAGUGGGGAGCUGUGUUCCAGGACUGCGUGCGGCACUGCAACAACGGGAUCUCGGAGGACUCCAAAGUGGAGGCUCCAGCCUUCACUGACGCCGUCCGCAUGUACCGCCAGUCCAAGGAGCAGUACGGCACCUGGGACAUGCUGUGUGGCAACCAGAGCCAGGUCCUGAGCAACCUGGUGAUGGAGGAGCUGCUGCCGGAGCUGCGGAGCGCCAUCGGCCCACGGCUGAAGGGCAAAACACAGGAGCGCCAGCGGACCUGGAUCCAGAUCUCGGAUGCAGUCUAUAGGAUGGUCUACGAGCAGACCAAGGCACAGUAUGAUGCCAUGGUGGCCAAGUGCGAGCUGGAGCGGCCCCAGAUGGAGAGCAGCAUCCGGACUGACAUGGACCAGAUCAUCACCUCCAAGGAGCACCUGGCCAGCAAGAUCCGAGCCUUCGUCCUCCCCAAAGCGGAGAUCUGUGUCCGUAACCACGUCCAGCCCUACAUCUCCUCCAUCCUGGAGGCCCUGAUGACCCCGACGAGCCAGGGCUUCGCCGAGGUGCGGGAGGUCUUCUUCAAGGAGGUGACGGACAUGAACAUGAACAUCGUCAAUGAGGGCGGCCUGGAGAAGCUGGUGGAGUACAUGGAGAAGCUGUCCCACCUGGCCUUCCACCCAGUGAAGAUGCAGUCGUGCUACGAGAAGAUGGAGCAGCUGAAGCUGGAGGGCCUCCAGCAGCGCUUCGACGUCUCCAGCACGUCUGUCUUCAAGCAGAGGGCUCAGAUCCACAUGCGACAGCAAAUGGAUGACGCCUUGUACACCUUCGAGACGCUGCUCCACCAGGAGCUGGGGAAGCUGCAGGGCAAGGAUGAACUCUGCAAGUCCAUCCAGCGCAUCCUGGAGAGGGUGCUCAAGAAAUAUGAUUACGACAGCAGCACGGUGCGGAAGAAGUUCUUCAGGGAGGCCCUGCUGCAGAUCACCAUCCCUUUCCUGCUGAAGAAGCUGGCACCCACCUGCAAGGGGGAGCUAGCCAAGUUCCAGGAGCUCAUCUUCGAGGACUUUGCCAGCUUCAUCCUGGUGGAGAACACAUAUGAGGAGGUCGUGCUGCAGUCUGUGAUGAAGGACAUCAUGCAAGCCGUGAAGGAGGCAGCCGUGCAGCGGAAGCACAACCUGUACCGUGACAGCAUGGUGAUGCACAACAGCGAUCCCAACCUGCACCUGCUGGGCGAGGGCAGCCCCAUCGACUGGGGCGAGGAGCACGGCGGGCAGCCCGAGGCUGAGCCGGCCGCCGACAAGCGCCGCAGGGCCAAGCAGGUGGUGUCGGUGAUCCAGGACGACGAGGGGGCCCUGCCCUACGAGAUGGGUGCCGAGAUGCUGAUGUCCCCCAGCUCGCCCGAGCCCCCAGAGCCCAGGGUGCCUCCGGGGUCCCCGGAUGGGGUGGCGGAGAUCCGGGAGGCGCUGGCCAAGGAGAGCAUUGAGGUGCUCACAGAGGAGAGGCUGACGAACGGUACCCACAGCACGCAGGACAGCGGUGCCACCAAGGAGGUGGUGGUGGCAGCGGGGGCUGCACCGGGUGAUGGCCCCAAUAAGGGUCCGGCCAGUGAUGGGGGUGGGGCGCGGCGUGCUGCACCGGCAGCACCCACAUCUGGAGCCAAGGUCCCGUCAGAGGAUGGGGUGCGCCAUGCACCAGCAGCACCACCUGCUCCUGAAGCCGAGAGCGCAGCAAGGGAUGAGGUGCAGCGGGCCGUGCCUGCAUCACCCACAACUGGAUCCGAGGUCCUGUCACAGGAUGGGCUGCACCGUGCUGCGCCUGCAUCAUCUGUAUCUGGAGCUGAGGUCACAUCUGGAGCUGAGAUCCCAUCUGGUGAUAAGGUGCCUCAUGGCACAUCCGCAUCUCCUGCACCCGGAGCUGAUGUCCCACCCAGCGAUAAGGUGCACCGUGGUGUGCCUGCAUCACCUGCACCCAGAGCUGAGAUCCCACCAGGAGAUGAAGUGCAUCAUGCCACACCGGCAUCCCCUGCACCCAGAGCAGAGGUCCCACUGCCGCCUGCUGGGACCACUUGCCACCAGCGCAGUGACAAGGAGACGGGUGAGGAGGUGGCCCUCCCAGAGGCAUGCAGCCCCCCACAGCCCGCGGGCACGACGGAGAGCAUUGAGGGGAUGCAGACUGAGUUCUAGCCCCAUUCCUGCUGCAGACUGGCCCUGGUCACACCGGGGAUGGGGACUGGGACCAGGGAGGGGAUGGGGAAUACCUAACUGGGAGGAGCCCCGUGUGGUCCUGCUAGUUGAGGCUGGGGGGGCCCUGGAUUGGCACAGGGCACCCGCUGCACACUGCUCUGUCCUUCUUCUGCCUUAUUUCCUUCUUUUCUUCUGGAGAGAUGCUUUAGCCACCGGGGGCUGCAGGAUGCUCCCACUGCCAUCCCCAUGCCCACAGCUGUGGGGUGCUCCUGGGCAUCCUCUGCUACCGUUGAGAGGAGGUGGAAGACGUGUCCAUGAGGGUUGGGGUGCGCAGCGCUGCGUGGCAUUUGGUCCCGGGGGGGGGUGCACCCCACCUCGCUGGGCACAGGCGAGCACCCCCUGUCCUCACAACAGCAGUGAUGGGGCACAGCCGUGGGGCUUCAGCAUAGGUCUGGGGGUCAGACGCAGGCUCUGGGCAGGGAUGCACUAAAAGCACUGGAGAGAUGGUUGGGGCUGGGGUGUCUGCAUGUACACGUGCGUGCACACCUACACCCCGCUGCAGCUCACCUCGACCCCGCUGUAGGUUUGGUGCCGCUGUUUCUGCCACUGCAGGGGGUGCCCAGCCCGAACCACUGGGGGAGGCCCCCCCGAAGUGCCUUGCUUUGGGAACUUCAGACCUGUCUCUUCCAAGAUAUUUUAUUAAGAAUGUUAUACAAAUGUUUUAAAAUAUAUAUAUGCUUAUAAUAAUUAAUAAAAGAGAAAAAAAGCUUUAUUUAAAA